CCUGGCGGAGCACCUUCCGGCGGACCCAGCGCAGAGCCCUGGGCUCGGCUGCGGUCCGGCGGCAACCCAGGUGUGGCGGCCUCAGGACGCGGCGUGAGCACAGGAGCCGCACCCCGCGGGACCCCGGCCGCACCCCCGGAGCUCCAGGCCGCCCCGCCCCCGGCUCCGAAGGGCGUAGCUGCGUCGGGAGGAGCCUCAGCCUGGCUCGGGCGCUCAGGUGGCCCGGGUCCGCCCAAUCCUGCCAGGCAGACAUCUUAAUCCCGCUAAGAAGUAAGGGGUUAAAGCUCAGAGAGGUUGAGUGACCUGUCCAAGGUUUCCACUGGAAGGCGACCAGCACUGGGGCUUCAGUUCCUGGCCUGCACCAGCUGACAUCCUUAGUGUCCACAUUUGUGACCAUCGGGCAGCACUGGAGCGGCCUCGAGGAGGGUCGGCUCCUACACCUGCGCUUCGUUGGCCGCGGCUGAGCCCCUGGUCUUACCCCUCAGUGUGGAGACGAUGCCAAAGCUGCAGGGCUUCGAGUUCUGGAGCUGUACCCUGGGGGGGGCCCGCCACGUGGUGGCCCCCAUGGUGGACCAAAGCGAGCUGGCCUGGAGGCUGCUGAGCCGCCGCCACGGGGCCCAGCUGUGCUACACACCCAUGCUGCACGCCCAGGUCUUCAUUCGAGAUGCCAACUACCGCAAGGAGAACCUGUACUGCGACGUGUGCCCCGAGGACCGGCCUCUCAUUGUGCAGUUCUGUGCCAAUGACCCGGAGGUGUUUGUCCAGGCAGCUCUCCUGGCUCAGGACUACUGCGACGCCAUCGACCUGAAUUUGGGCUGCCCGCAGAUGAUAGCCAAGCGAGGUCACUAUGGCGCCUUCCUGCAGGAGGAGUGGGACCUCCUCCAAAGAAUGAUUCUGCUAGCCCACGAAAAACUUUCUGUCCCUGUCACAUGCAAGAUCCGUGUCUUCCCAGAGAUUGACAAGACCGUAAGGUACGCCCAGAUGCUGGAAAAGGCUGGCUGCCAGUUGCUGACUGUCCACGGGCGCACCAAGGAGCAGAAGGGGCCCUUGUCGGGCGCCGCGUCCUGGGAGCACAUCAAGGCUGUGCGGAAAGCAGUGGCCAUCCCCGUGUUUGCCAAUGGGAACAUCCAGUGCCUGCGGGACGUGGAACGCUGCAUCCAGGACACGGGGGUGCAAGGGGUCAUGAGUGCAGAGGGAAACCUGCACAACCCUGCCCUGUUUGAGGGCCGCAGUCCUGCCGUGUGGGAGCUGGCCGAGGAGUACCUGGACAUCGUGCGGCAGCACCCCUGCCCUCUGUCCUACGUCCGGGCCCAUCUCUUUAAGCUGUGGCACCACACGCUGCAGGUGCAUCAGCAGCUUCGGGAGGAGCUCGCCAAAGUGAAGACCCUGGAGGGCAUUGCCGCGGUGAGCCAGGACCUGAAGCUGCGGUGUCAGGAGGAUAUAUCCAGGCAGAAGGAGGGAGAGAAGCCUUCAGGCGGCUUGCCUUUCUUCCACUGGAUCUGCCAGCCCUACUUCCGGCCAGGGCCCAGGGAGGGGAGCAAGGAGAGCGGGGGUGCCCGUAGCAAGCGGGCCCUGGAGGAGGAGGAGGGCAGUACAGACGUCUUGUCCAAGAACAAGCAGAAGAAGAAACUGAGGAACCCCCACAAAACCUUUGACCCCUCGCUGAAGCCAAAAUAUGCAAAGUGUGAUCAGUGUGGAAACCCAAAGGGCAACAGGUGUGUGUUUAACCUGUGCCGGGGCUGCUGCAAGAAGCGAGCUUUCAAAGAGACGGCUGACUGUCCAGGUCAUGGACUGCUUUUUAAAACCAAACUGGAGAAGUCUCUGGCCUGGAAGGGGGCCCAGCCGCGGCUGCAGGAACCACAGCAGGCCAGGCCUGGAGAACCAGGGAACCUCCUGCUACUUCACACGGAAGGACAAGCUGGUCUUCCCUUCAGCCCAUGCUGGGGGCCCAGAGAUGCUGCACCAGGGAGCAGGCUCCCAGGCUGGACCUGCCCCGUCCUCACAGCCCACGUGUGUUCAAGAUGAACAAUAAAUCAUUUCAAAGACACGA